AUGCCUUUAGGUUGGGAGAGAAUCAAUGCCAAAAGAACACAACCAAAUAAUAACAUCGUCUUCAUCAAACCCCUCUCUGGUGAAGAUCAAUCCAAAUCUCAAGAAUUUUUGGAACGAAUUGCUGCACAAUGUACUCCCAUAAUGAACAAACACCAUCUCGCUGUCGCAUCACUAGAAGAGUAUCCCCCCAACUUAGAAUUCUGGGGUCGCAAUUUCAAUAACGGAGAAGUCAUACAACUUGUACUCAAGUCGCCUUCAACAGGCAGAUGGCUGCCGUUCAAAUUUGUUCAGAUGGUUAUGAUGCAUGAGUUGGCGCAUUGUAAACAGAUGAAUCAUUCUGGGGCAUUCUGGAAAGUUAGAAAUGAAUAUUCGGCGGAGAUGAAGGGGCUAUGGGAGAGGGGAUAUACAGGUGAUGGACUUUGGGGACAAGGUGUACUAUUGAAAGAUGGUGCGUUUAUGGGAGAUCAGUUGGGUGAGGGAGAGGUAUUGCCGGAACACUUAUGUGGUGGAACUUUUAAGUCGAGAGGGGGAGGGAAGAAGAGGAAGGCAAAAGCGAAGAUCACUUAUAAGGAGCAGAAAGAGAGGAGAAUUAGAAAGAAAUUUGGUGUCAAUGGAGUUGCUUUAGGAGAAGACGUCGCUACAAAGGUCGCUCUUGAGAAAGGUAAAAAGAAUCUUUCCAAGCCUAAAGUAGCGGGUAGUAAACGAGGCCGAGAACUUCGCGCUGCUGCUGCAUUGGCUCGUUUCGAAGUGAAAAAAGAAGAGCCAGACAUAAAAGACGAAGAUCUAGUCACCGAUAGUGAAGCAGAAAGUGAUGUGGAAGACGAAAUGUACAUCAAGCCUGAACCAGAUGAUGCACUUGAUCUUGAUGGAAGUAGACUUGUGGAUCGAAAGGGGAGGGGAAUGGUCAAAGUUUGUGAAGAUGAGGACAGAGAUAAUGAGGAUGCGAAGAGAGAGUUCGAGGAAUUGAGAGGGAUGGAGAGUAUUGAAAGAUACUUUAAACCGGAUAGCUCAUCAAAGAUUAAACAGGAAUCGCAAGAAGAAGCGACAAAAAAUUGCCCAGGGUCGUCAAAGACAGAAAAGCCGACUAGAAGCAACAAUAUCGAGACGAAUACCCCCACCGCAAAACCCCCUUCGAUCAAACCAAGACCGCCCAUCGCUAUAGUCCCCGAAACCAAAUUACAAACACCUCCUCUUAAUUCGGCGUCGCCAAGAACCAAGUCUCCACCCCCAUCUCCAUUUCCAUCAACCUGUCCAAUUUGCUCCCUAGAAAACCCACCUUAUUCCCUCACCUGCACCAUUUGCGCCAACGUCCUCCGUCCCAAAGACGUACACAACUCGUGGAAAUGCACAAGUGCAGUGUGCAGAAACGGGUCGUACAUCAAUGCCGGAGAUGUCGCUUUCUGUGGUGCUUGCGGAGGAAGGAAAGGGAAAGCGAUAUGA